AUGGCACAGACCGAUCCAACCGAAGCAAGGGCAAGGUUCCUUGAAGAGGCUGCUCACCUCCUCGCUGUCCCUUCGCCAAUGGCAGCAGCGUUCGUCGGAAGAGCACGUAACAAGCUAGUUGAAGAUGCUGAGCUCGAAAUUCCAGCCAAGGAAGCCAAUGCCUAUCGUCGAAGUAUCUGCAACGCCUGCGGAAAUGUCAUGAUUCCUGGAUGGUCCUGCAGAGUUUCGAGCCAUCUUCCAGGCAACGGCAUCACCAGAAAAGAGAAGAAGGAUUCCAAAAAACCGCCACAGCUAGACAGGACCAUACACUAUACAUGCCUCAUGUGCCAUCGGGAAACACAACAAGCACUUCGACAGACACCACGCAGAAAGAGCAAGAAAUCGGCACCUGUGCCGGAUGCACAGCCUGUCCCAGUUCCAGGAAAGCCUACAAAAGAAGUUGACAGCGCGCCCAAGACGCUGAAUGCAAGCAGUAAACAGCGGCAAAAGGCACGAAAAGGUGGCCUCCAAGCAAUGCUUGACAAAAAGAAGUCGCAGGACUCGGGCAGUGGCGGGCUUGAUCUAAUGGAUUUUGCCAUGUAA